AUGCCUACUGCAAGAAAAGCGAGUGAUGAAUUGCUGCCAUGGUACGAUGAACAAGCUUCCUUCAUGCAAGACAUCUACUCCCCAAAGAGGACUAUUCCGCAGGCAGACAUAGGAUAUCACCACCAACUCUACCCCCACAAGAGAGAGAUAAAGCUGCAUCACCACUCACCACAUGAAGCUUGUCACCAACUCCCACCAUUGGAGAGCCCUAAGUUCCUCAACUACCUAAAUCAUGAAAGCUCUCUGCAACGAUGCAUCAUCUCAGAGAAUGAAGUUUUGCAACCCGGCCACCGAUUCGGGGAAAUCACGACCUGCAACGACAAUGAAAAUACAAGUCGAGCAUCAGAUCAAAUGACAGAUUGGAGGGUCCUCGACAAGUUCGUCGCGUCUCAGCUUAGCCAUGAUGUUUCAAGAGAGCCUAUUUACUCGGAUGAAGCUAAUAUUCUUCAACCUCCUGUUGAACAACAAGUUGUUGGAGUGGAGCUUCCGCUGGCAUCAGCUUCAAGCUGCCAAAUCGAUCCAUGGAAAUGA